AUGAGCCGCUUCAGCUUCAUGGGACAGCAGAGUGCCACUCUCACAGCUCAUCAGACAGAACUCAGUGUGCCACUGACACUGAUGCAGCCGGCGGCUGACGCGGGGCCGCGUCCCUCGGAAGAGGAAGCCGGCAGCGGAGCGGAGCGGAGCGGCGGCCGGGGCAGGCAGGGGCGCGGCGGGGCGAGGGGCAGCGGCGGGCCCGCGCUGGGGGCGGCCGGGGCGGCGGAGGAGGGGGCCGGCGGGGGCGGGCGCUCCCCGCCCGCGGGGCUGGGCGGCGGCUCCCCCCGCGGCCCGAGCCCCCGCCGCGCCCUGCCCGUGCCCCCCCUCCGCGUGCGGGGCUUCUGGCCGCUGCUGACCGCGCUCUGCACCGCGCUCCUCUGCCUCUACCAGGCGCUGCGGGGGAGCGCGGCCGGCGGGGGCGCGGGGGGCCCGGAGGACGCGGCGGCGGAGGCGGAGGAGGCGGCGGGGUCCGGGGUGCCGCUGCUGAAGGGCUCGGCGCUGCUGCUGCUCGGCUGCCUGCUCGCCCGCUGCUGCGGCGCGGCGGGCGGCGGCCCCCGGCGCGGCGGGGCGCGGUGCCCGGCGGGGGCGCGGCGCGGAGCCCUGGAGCGGUUCCACGCGCGGCAGCUGCGGGUGUCGCCGCACGUGCUGGGCCACAGCAAGGCGCACGUGGGGCGGGUGGUGGCCGAGCUGGUGCGCGCCGCCAAGGCGCAGGGGCUGCAGCCCGGCCCGCUGGCUCUCAGCCUGCGCGGGGACUUCGUGCGCAUCGGCAGCGCCUACGAGCAGCACAAGGUGCGCAGCCCCGACUGCUUCGACAUCCUGGUGCCCUUGCGGCUGCCGCCGCACCUGGAGCCCCAGCCGCGCCGUGCUGACGGGCUGGGGCCGUGCGGCGCCUUCGUCUGCGGCCUGCGGGCGAGGGACGGCUGGACGCGACGCUGCCGGCCCUUCGCCGAGGGCUUCUGCGUGGAGCUGCAGGGCCGCAGCCACCUCUCCUCGGGGCUGGUGCUGCGCUGGUUCCAGGGCCAUCUGCAGCGGUGCCUGAGCUCCGUGCGGUAUCGGCUGCAGGAGCGGUGCCGCGUCAGCCUCUCGGCGUGCCCCGGGCAGCCGCCCACGCUGCACAUCCUGCCCUGCUCCGACUACGUCUGCUGCCACAUCUCCAUGGCCGUGCGCCUCAUCCCGGCCAUCCCUCUCGGCGACGCGCUCUACCUCACGGCCCUGCCGCCCGAGGGCCCCCGCGGCUCCCUGGGCCCCGAGGCGCUCUGGGGCCUCAACGCCUCGCGGCAGGAGCAGCGGCUGCUGGGCUGGCUGAAGGAGCAGGCUCCGGCCGCCUCCUGCCACCUCAAGUGCCUGCAGAUCCUCAAGGGCCUGCGGGACCUCCGCAGGCAGGGCCUGGAGGAGCCCUUCUGCUCCCAGUGGGGCCGGGUGCUCUCCUCCUACGCACUCAAGACCGCGCUCUUCUCUCUGCUGCUGCAGGGGCCCUUGGAGGCCUGGGAUGAGCGGUUCCUGGUGGAGCGGCUGGAGGACCUGGUGCUGUACCUGCGGGACUGCCUGCGCAAGCAGGUGCUGAUGGAUUUCUUCCUGGGCAACACCAGCAUCCCCGAGGCCGUGGCACUGCCCCGGUUCCUCAAGGAAGCGGCCCCCGUGAACUUGCUGUCUGCCUUCGACGGGCCCACGCUGGACCUUGUGGCCUUCCAGCUGAUCAGCACCUGGAUCCAGGCCCCGCACAUCAUCAGGAUGUACAGCAGCCCCCGGUACUUGCGGCCAGCGCCCGCCCCGUGCCGACACAUGGCUGAGGCCGGGCAGGAGCCCCCGGGAGAGUGAGCUGGGGAGGGAGAGCCGCUGGCACCCAGGGAUCCUCUGGGGCAUCGCACACUCCCUGCUCGCUGGUGCUUCAGGAGCCUGCAUCUGACUGAGGAUGCUGGGACUGAUGGAAUGUGCUUCUGUGGUUUUGUUCCUGACAUGAGAAGACCAAGACUUACUGAAAUUGUGUUUCUCGUUCUCAUUGGUUGUACGUGGGAAAACUUGGACAUUUCUGGGGAAACACGUUGGUCGUCAAGUGUUGCCUUCAGUCAAGUUUGCAAACUGAGAGGCUCAAACUGACGUUUUUAGAAAUUCAUGUUAACUUCUUGUCUUAGUGACAAAAUAGAGCUUUUUUUCUGAGAUUUUCUUUAUAUGAUGCAAAAUCCAUGUGGGAUUUAAAAAUCUUCUAAGUGCAAACAGCCCCCCCCCACCCCAUCCAUCAAUGUACCAAGAUGUUCUUAAAAUGUGAUGAGCACUAGAGCAUGGGUGUGGAUCACAGUUUGAAAUACUCAAUGCCGUGCUUUAAAUUUCCUGGGUAAUCGAGCACAUUGUGCUAAAUAGAAAUGUAACACAUGUUAAUGUAAACUUGAGGGAAGAAGUGAAACUGCUCUGUUAACAGGAUGAAGAAUCUAGUUUCACAUUUGUGUUCAAGUGAAGGUUAUACUGAAGGAUUGAAAUGCAAAUAGAAGGAAACAAAUAGCACUUUAUUUUCACAAAGAUCUUAUUUUUAGGAUAAUUGGCUGCACUAAAUAUUGCUAUUGAGGAGGCAUUAGUAUUUUGUUAAAGGAGUAGUUUUUGAAAUAUCCCACGGAAAAUCUUUUAAAGAAAUACUCUGAGGUUCAUUUGUUUGUGGGUUCUAGUUGAGUUUUAUUAUUUGUUUCUGUAUUCAAGUAUUAUUUUCUUAGAAUACGCUUUACCUCAAGGACCAACAACAAGAUAAGAAAUUUUGUAUUAUAUUUUGGAACAAACCUUAAACCAGUCCAAAUCUCAGUGCCAUAAGCUGACUGCAGCACCCUCCUGCUCCCUGGUAGGAGUUUGGUGGGAUUUUUGGAUGACUGCCUAACCAGUUGUCUGAUUGUGUCAGUGUUUGAACCAAAUAACCUUGAUGGGAUUUUCUAGUUUUGUACUAUAGCAAAUUGUUAUUUUAUUAUGGGAAGAAGGAAGUAAAGUAUUUCAGGGUACUUCAGAAUUAUUUAGCACUGAUUUGUGGUACAGUGGCAGUCUUGGACUAUAGAUUCUGGUGUCCUCUGAGUAUAAAUAUUAGGCAGAUAAUUGCCACUUUUUGUCUGGUUAUGUCCCAGUUGCUGGGACGUAAUCCAGUUUUGUCUGGUUAUGUAUCCAGUUGGAAUAACCUGUUGAGUUGUGAUGCAGCCAGGUUUGCAAGUGUCCUUAGCUACUACUGCAGGUGUGCCAGGGUGUCAGAAAAUUCAGAAUUUCAAAUCCUUGCUUUUUUUGGUCACCUGCUCAAGUAUUUGAUGGAUUAAGCCCCAAAAUGUGUUGCUAAAUUGCAGGUGCUCAGGAAGCUGAGCAUGUGCCUUAUUACCUGCAAUGCUGUGUCCUGACUGAGCACUCUGGAAUUGUGAAGGACCAAGUGUAGCUUCAGGCAGCUUUAGGAUAGCCUGAAGUUACUAACCUGCUCUUCUCCCUGAUGUAUUGGUGUGCUUUAUUCACGGUUCUGUGCAUCAGAACAUGAAACAAACAUUUUCAAAAUCUAUAAAGCUUAAUACAAAUCUAUUUUUCUAAAUGGAAACACUCCCUAGGCAGAUGUUUGCCUACUUCUGUCUGUUUCUUUAACUGCUCUUGCAGUCAUAUUUUCAGGUAAUUAUGGCAUAGGUCACACCCACAAGCUGGGUUAUUUUUGUAUUUGAAGCACUGUGCUUCUUUCUACAAAUACAAAUAGUGUAUUUAUAGGUAGUAUUGAUCAAAUGUUCUUUGCACAUGGUAUUUAAGACUAAGUCAAUUACAUUGGUGUUUCUGGGUUAUUGUUUGCUUUUUUUUUUUUGGUAGCAGACCAUGAUAUGUACUAUUUUUGCAGGCUUCUGUUUCUUGGUAUUUAAAAUAAGAUGCAGUUCUGCAAUCAAAGCCAUUGAAUCUUUUGCCCAAAGAAGAACUAGAUGGCCAGCCCAGGGUAUUGUGGCUGCCUGAACUUUUGACAUGAAAACCCUUGAGCUGUUAAUUCUGGCAUCAUGAUCACUUCAGUCAGCUGUCUGUCUGUUUAUAUCAGUGCAUCCUUGCCUCAGAAAAGGGAUCUUUUCUCUGGAAAGGGGUGUACAUUUGUUUAGUAUUGCCACAAUACAGGAAACCUGUAAUGGACUUGGUAAGGACUUCCUCACGAAAAUGUAGUAAGGUCAGGAGAAUAGAGUUGCAUUGGAAAAUACAUGACAAGAAGAGAUGGUGGAGAAUGUAAAUAGUUUAGAAAAUGAAAGUUGGGCUGAGGAGUGAGUGACAGUGACGGUGAACUCUCAGUGAAGAUG